AUGCAUUAUUCUACCAUCCUAGCACUUCUUUCUAUCACUACAGCUGCACAAGCGACAGCCAUCGCAACCAUUCUACCCCGAAACGCCAAUCACGUCUCCAUGUAUGAUACAAAGAAGUGCAAGUAAGGAUCUUCCCAUCGAAUCACGGUCUACAAAUCAGGCUCUUUUUCAACUGACUCUGCUAAAAUUGUAUUAUUCUAGCAACGACGACAAGUACUAUAAAUGGAAAGGUACAGCGAUUUGCCACUGCGUUAUCGUUGAACCAAAAGCCGCCAGUAUCUACACCGACACUGAGCCGGAUCAAAAGGUCAUUGCAUGCAAGAAUUCCAAUUGCAAAGGGGAGCCACUUGGUACACUUUCCAAGCAAAAGUGUUACGCGACCUCUGAAACUUUCGACGGCGAAGCGAUUAGCAGCGUUUUGUUCUGGUUGCCAGGACUCUGCGACGUAGAAGAAUUCUUUGAGGGACUCGUGAAGGAUGUUGAGACACUUGUUGAGCUUAUUCCAGCUGUUCUUCCAUAG